AUGUCGUCUUCGAAUUCGUCGGCGGCGAAGCGGAAACAGAGAGACUCGAUCUCUCCUCCACCAGUCAAGCGCAAGGUCCAGAGCGGGACAACCAAGAGCGCAGUCGCAAAUUUCUUCAAACCCGCCUCCCAGAAGCCGAAAGACCGCACGAUAUGGACAGAACGAGCCCCGAACGAAGACACCCCAGCGACCCUUUUGGUUGGUCGCUACGAACCUGAGAACCCCCCUGCCGAAUCGAAGAAGAGAACGAAAGUUGCCGCAUUCGAUCUGGACUCUACAUUGAUCACCACAGCUUCUGGCAAGAAGCAUUCAGACGACGGAACAGACUGGAAGUGGUGGCAUGCUUCCGUUCCCGGACGGCUGAGGGAGCUGUAUAACGAUGAGGGAUACCGAGUCGUAGUCCUGUCCAACCAAGCAGGGCUUGUACUGCACCCAGAUCCGAAAGCCAAGGGCCCCAAGUCAACAAAAGACCGAGUAUCUUCGUUCAAGCAGAAGGUCAACGCUGUCCUCACACAACUCGAUAUACCCACCACGAUAUACGCAGCGACGGAGAAGGACAUCUACAGGAAACCUCGGCCGGGCAUGUGGAAAGAACUUUGCGAAGACUACGAUAUCAGCGACGAAGUCGACCUCGAGCAUAGCGUGUUCGUUGGCGAUGCUGGUGGUCGGAUAGCGACGGUGAAGUCCGCCGGUAAGAACGGCGCAGCCACUGCGAAAGACUUCAGCUGUUCCGAUCGAAAUCUAGCCCACAACAUCGGCAUCGACUACAAGACUCCAGAAGAAUUCUUUCUUGACGAGGAACCCCGCGAUUUUGUUCGGGAGUUCGACGUGAUACACUACUCCUACCCAGAAGAAUCAAAGACCGGCGCAUCAGACGUCCUAUUCGAGAAGAAGAACAAGCAGGACAUUGUUAUCUGCUGUGGGCCACCGGGCGCCGGCAAGAGCACAUUUUUCUGGAAUCACCUGAAGCCGUUGGGUUAUGAACGGAUCAAUCAAGACAUUCUCAAAACACGUGACAAGUGUGUUCAAGCGGCCAAGGAGUUCUUGAGCGCCGGCCAGUCUGUCGCAAUAGACAAUACGAACGCCGAUCCUGAUACAAGAGCUGUGUGGGUUCAGCUUGCCGAGAAACAACAGGUUCCCAUUCGAUGUGUGUGGCUGAAGACGCCAUUGAACGUCUGCGAGCACAAUGACGCCGUGCGGUCUAUGAAUGCAUCACUCAAUCCCGAAUCCAGGGUGGCCUUGCCGAAGAUGGCCUUCAACGGCUUCAAGUCGAGAUUCAAGGAGCCCAAACAGAAGGAAGGGUUUCAGGAUAUCACGGAGAUUGAGUUUGCCUUCCGGGGUACUAAGGACGAGCAUGACGUGUGGGCAAGAUAUUGGCUAUGA